CAGUUUCAUUGGCUAAAAAGAUCGGUCGCUUAGUUCGACCACUGAUUGGUCUCUGUCAGUCGCGUGCACAUGUCGUUUACAUCGAAUCGGAGAGUGAGUUUGUGAAUCAGCACAAAGCUGAGAAAAUAGAUGACAUUCACUCAGUUUAGCGUUUUAAUUCGGAAACAUUAAACCUCCAUUCACCAGGAUGGAUGCGCUCCUUUCCUUUAUCUUCCACUCGGAGGAAGACGAGUUGUUCGUUUUGGACUGCAUGGCUUACUUCAUGGUUUUUAUGGCAGUCUGCACUUUCGUUAGCUUGCUUUUUGAAAACGUCCCAUACGGACGAUAUGCUACGAGUAAAUAUGGAUUUCCAGUUAACGUUAAGUUCGCCUGGUUCGUUCAGGAGCUGCCCUCGCUGUUGUUGCCUGUGUGUCUGGUGGUUUGGACAUCCUCCGCCAAAACGUCCCGACUACCAAACCAGCUUCUUAUUAUGAUGUUUCUUUGCCACUACAUCCAGAGGGCCCUCAUUUAUCCAUUUUUAAUCAGAGGCGGGAAAGCUACACCGUUCCUCUCCUUUUUCCUGGCCUUUAUUUUCUGCAUCUAUAAUGGCUAUAUGCAAGUCAGGUACCUGAGCCAUUAUGCUGAGUACCCUGCAUACUGGGUUACACAUCCAAGCUUCAUCAUUGGGUCUGUGUUGUGGUUGGCCGGCUGGCUGAUAAAUUUACACUCUGACCACAUCCUGAGGAACCUGAGAAAGCCUGGGGAGACUGGUUACAAGAUUCCCAGAGGUGGAAUGUUUGAAUAUGUUUCCGGGGCCAACUUCCUAGGCGAGAUAAUGGAGUGGGCUGGCUUCGCUCUGGCUGGCCACUCUGUUCACAGCGCAGCUUUCGCCAUCUUUACAGCAGUGGUCCUCGCCAGCAGGGCUGUGGCCCACCACAAAUGGUACGUUAAUAAGUUUGAAGACUAUCCUAAAAAGAGGAAAGCAUUGAUUCCCUUUCUUUUCUAGAAGCUCAAAAAGGUAUUGGCUUAGUGUGGCUGAGAAGAAAAUUCUUUUUUUCUUACAUUGACUGACACACCAGUUGCAUUCUUAAAUAAAUGAAGAACCUCAGCAACCGUGGACUAAAUGAGCUGGAAGCGUUGUAUUUGCAGCAGAGACAACAUCAAGCAAUGCUCCAGAAGAAAUUAGAAAGCCAAUAAAAUAUACCUCAGUACUAAAACAUUGGAUUUAUACACUCUGCACCAGCAAGCAACAGCUUUAAGACUCUCCUCUGAUCCACACACUUUCCCAGGUGGAGCACAAACUUCGAAAUUCAAGACAGACAUUUAAAUUUUCAUUAAUCCUCGAGGCUCAUCUGUUGCAAAUCUCCUUAACAUCCAUCCAGAUUAGACAGACAAGGUGUCUUGAAUUAAGUGCAGCCUGGCUUUCCUGCUGCAUUUCGUUCUCAUGCCUCAUAUAUUUUCUUUUUCUACUGACCUCAUCAUCUCACUUUGGAACAAAGGUAACUUUAACUAACCCUAACCCAAAGCUGAGACUCCUGUCUCAGGGCUGUCCUCGGCCAGAGAGCUACAGGGAAAUCGUUGAAGAGUGCCUCAAUAAUUCACUCAAGCCUGAAAUGAGGAGAUGAGAGCUGGCAACACACGUUACUUCUGUCAGGAUUUCUAAGAAACUGUAACAAAGAAAAGAGGAAGAAAUUGCAGAGAAAAAUCUUGAUGACAUGUCAGAGCUGCAGCAUUACUGACACUGAAUGGAUGAUGAUGUGCAAGGCUUAAAUAGGCAGAGGGAUGUUUUUUUUUUAAUUGUUAAUGUUACCAUGAGCCAGAAACUCUUGUCUAUGUGGGUGUGGACUUUUACUGAAUGUCUGAAUAUUUUAAUCUGCCUUGAUGUCAGUGUUUCUUAAUAAUUUUAGAUUUUAAAGAAGUGCAACUAUCGUGUUGUUUAAAUGUGUUUCUAAUUGAACUCAUGCACAGGUUAACUGGCAUUGAUUUACACUCAUGUAAAGCUUGACAACUGAACCAUGUAAGUUGCUCCUGUGACUCCUCACUUCUCCCUUCCUUAGAGGAGGCCAUUUUUCAGCACCAGGUUUUCUCAUUAACAACAGUGUCAUUAAUAAAUAAUAGAAGUGCUGCA